GGCAAAGAAGGACCGAGAGAGUGUUAAAGCUGCACCACAUUUAUCGCAAGAGAUUUAUCCUCUCCCUCGGCAGAAUUAUACCAAUAAUCCGUUUAAAUAUUUUCAGUGGCUCUGCUGCUUCACGUCAUUUACCACACACUAAUGUUCGUACCUUUCUCUCUCUGAUCCUUUCCCCCAUACAAUAAUAAUAAACCCUUCAUUUUUUAUACGUCAGAGCACACUAGUGAACUUGUGCACCCAUCUCCCCUGCCAGAAGAACACUACCCACCUGGGUUUUCCCUGCAACUUCCGCAGACUUCGCCGCCAACCCAGAAGUUCGCAGGUUAGGGAGUGAGUGCAUAAAUUGGCUGCUUUGCCUUCUCAUUGCUUUGGAGUAAAACUUUUAAGAACGUAAAACUAUCAUCAUGCCCCUUAAGGCAUUGGACUAUGAGUCACUGAAUGAGAACGUGAAAAAGGCUCAGUAUGCUGUUAGAGGUGAGCUGUAUCUUCGAGCUUCUGAGCUUCAGAAGGAAGGAAAGAAGAUUAUUUUCACAAAUGUUGGGAAUCCUCACGCUCUAGGACAGAAGCCACUGACUUUCCCUCGCCAGGUGGUUGCUCUAUGCCAAGCUCCAUUUCUGUUAGAUGACCCUAAUGUAGGGCUGCUCUUUCCUGCUGAUGCAAUUUCAAGAGCUAAACACUAUCUUUCAAUUACUUCGGGUGGUCUAGGUGCUUAUAGUGAUUCCCGAGGUAUUCCAGGAGUUAGGAAGGAAGUGGCAGAGUUCAUUGAGAAACGUGAUGGGUAUCCUAGUGACCCAGAGCUCAUAUAUCUCACCGAUGGUGCCAGCAAAGGUGUGAUGCAGAUCUUGAAUGCUAUUAUCCGUGGUGAAGGGGAUGGGAUUCUGGUUCCAGUCCCACAAUACCCACUCUAUUCGGCUACAAUAUCUCUGUUUGGCGGUUCUCUUGUUCCGUAUUACCUAGAGGAAACAGCAAAUUGGGGUCUUGAUGUUAAUAAUCUUCGCCAGUCAGUUGCACAGGCUCGCGCGAAUGGAAUCACUGUAAGAGCGAUGGUGAUUAUAAACCCUGGAAACCCCACUGGUCAGUGUCUUAGUGAAGCUAAUUUAAGAGAAAUAUUGAACUUCUGUUACCAUGAAAGCCUAGUCUUGCUUGGGGAUGAAGUUUAUCAGCAGAAUGUAUACCAGGACGAGCGCCCCUUUAUUAGUGCUAGAAAGGUGUUGAUGGGUAUGGGGCUACCUGUAAGCAAGGAAGUCCAGCUUGUCUCUUUCCACACCGUCUCCAAAGGAUAUUGGGGUGAAUGUGGACAGCGGGGUGGAUACUUUGAGAUGACAAACAUCCCUCCAAAGACAGUUGAUGAGAUAUAUAAGGUGGUAUCAAUAGCACUCAGUCCAAAUGUUCCUGCACAAAUAUUUAUGGGGAUGAUGGUCAACCCUCCGAAACCUGGAGACAUUUCAUAUGAGCAGUUUAUUAGGGAAAGCAAGGGGGUCCUUGAAUCUUUGAGGAGAAGAGCACAUAUUAUGACCGAUGGAUUUAACAGCUGCAGAAAUGUCGUUUGCAAUUUCACAGAAGGUGCAAUGUAUUCAUUCCCACAAAUACGCUUGCCACCAAGAGCGAUAGAGGCUGCUAAACGGGCUGGAAAAGUUCCCGACGUUUUCUACUGUCUCAAGCUUUUGGAAGCCACUGGCAUUUCCACCGUCCCUGGAUCAGGGUUCGGACAGAAAGAAGGGGUUUUCCACUUGAGGACAACCAUCUUACCAGCUGAGGAAGACAUGCCGGCCAUCAUGGAUAGCUUCAAGAAGUUCAACGACGAGUUCAUGGAUCAAUACGAAGGUCAGAGAGGCUAUUCGAGGAUGUAAAGAUCCGGAAAAUCAAAAGGUUUCUUAUAACCUCCAGCUUAUGCAAAGCUAGUAUUGCAAACCUGUCUACUUUUCACAUUACGCUGCAUAAAUUGUAAACUUCCUCCUUCUGUCCAAAAUUACUUUCACCUCUUACAUAUUAAAUAUUGUAUGUAUUUAUAAUUCUGCUUUCCAGCUUCUGAUGUAAAAUUGCAGAGCACUAAAUUCCAACUUUAAGCUAUAUGGGGACCAAUAGUGAUGGGAGACUUCAUUAAAGCCUUACUAUACUGCUCA